AUGCUUCUUGGUAUUUUCUUAACAUACCAAGUAUGGAUCUUCACCUGCAUUUUUGAAGCUUCAGCUGAUUGGGAAUUGUCAUGCUAUAACGAGUCUAUGCAUAUACAUUGUGGCUCUGAAAAAACAAUAAUUAUUCAUGAAGCUCACUUUGGUUAUUUUCGUGAGAUUCUACUUAUAUCGAACUCAACCGAUCGUUGUCGUACACACAAUUCUCGAGAUUGUUGGGUCGAUGUGACAGCCAAUAUAUCUAGAAGAUGUUCUGGUCAUUCUGUAUGUAAAAAUUCCGUUCAUUAUUCAUCUGACUUGUCUGCUGAUUUGUUGGCGAGAGAAUGUUCUUUCAUAAUCGACAAUGCAGCUGAGCCAACUUUGUUCGUAGAGUAUGACUGUAUUUCAACAACUCUUGUAACACGUAUAUCUAAUGAAAAUCAUGUGGAUCCUGAACAGAUUGGUGGUUAUUUAAUCAGCUUAGAUUAUAAUGAAAUAGUAAAAAGUGGUUCAGAAUGGAGAAGUCACUUAGCUGAGGCAAUGUGUAAUCCCAAAUCAAAUCAUUUACCCCAUCAGUUCUAUUUACCGGCGCCCAAAAUCGCAGCAACCAAAUAUUCGAUUGAUGAUGAUGAUUCAUUUAGCAGCUACGGUGAAAGUGGUUAUCGUGAAAAUAAUCAUGAUCGUCUACUGAAUAAAGGCGAUUUGGCUACAUUUAUAUUACGGAUAAAAGAUAUAGGUUUGACUAAAUCAACCACAAAUAUGAAUGAAAUUUCAUCGGCUUUCGCUUCUUCAUCAUCCUCAUCUACUUCAUCAUUGUCAUCGUUAUCAAAUAAUAAUCAUAAUCAUCAUAAUAAUAAUUUAAUAUUGGCUACUGGAUCAGCAUGUCCAUCAAAUCCUGGAAUUGCAUGUAGUCAUGAUUAUUUAUCAGUCGAUGCUCGUAUCUCUAAUGUUUAUGAUGGUACAAUUAGCAAUAUACCAAUAAUUCGUUUUUGUUUAAUCAAUAAUUCCACAUUGAAAACAAUCGCUACAAAGACAAAAACAAAAUUAACAGAAAUACAAAUGACCAAUUCAUCAUCAUUAUCUUCUUCUUCUUCUUCAUCUUCAAUCUCCUCUGGAUCGUUUUCAUUUAAUUCAAUAGAUUAUAAUAAAUUAUAUCCACCAGAUGAAUCAUAUUUAGUUGGGCAAAUUUAUGGUCCAAUCAGUAAUGUAUACGGUUUACAGUUUACAUCAAAUUUAAAUUUAUUAGAUCCAUAUAUUAUUCAUGGAAAAGGCAUAGUGUUAGAAUAUAUUGCUCUUUUAUGUGUUCCCAUCAAUCCACCAAGUGGUAAUGGAGUAGUUGACUAUCGGUUCCGUGUAAAUCAGCAAACCUCUCAUACCUUCGCUUAUGCUGAAGUAUUCUGUCCAUCUGAUCGUUGGUUAGAGCCAAUGGAUCCAGACCUAGAUGAAAUCAAUCCAGCACAAUCAUCGUCGUCGUUUUCGUCAACAGAUAAUAGAUCAUCACUUAAUAAUAACAAUAUUCCUAAUCCAUGGUGGUUACAGCGUAGAAGACAUAUAACACUGAUUUGUGAUCAUCACGAACGUAAAUGGAUACCAAAUCGAUUGCCAGAAGCUUGUUUAACAUCUGAUGAACUUGCCACAUUUGUAGCACAGAUCACUAAAAAUGUACAAGAAAUUGAAAAAAACACAAAAUUAUCCUUGAAUAGUAAUCAAUCGGAUAUGAACAAUAGCAGUGAUAUGAUGUUGAAGACUUCGACAUCUAUCGACCAAUCAGAAUUAAAUACUACACAUUCAUCAUUGUAUUUGAAAGCCGCCAAUAAUAAUGAUCAAGUUACGCAUCUUUCAUCAGUUGCCUUAGGCUCUAUACUUGGAAUAUUAAUAUUCCUUUUGGCCACUCUUCUUGUUGUUUAUAGUCUAAGGCAUAAAUUAUUUGAACAUUAUCAUAAAACUAUUGAUCUAGCUGCAAUUUCAUCGUCGAAUCGUCUUGGUUCCUGUACAUUGGGAACAUUUAGUAGAUCUAAAGAUACUUUAUUAUUUCCAACAUGUAAAAAAUCUCUCAUGUCAUUUCAUAAUAAUAGUAACAACAACAGCAACCAUAAUCACACAAUUUUCAACAAUGGAAAUCUCUUCAAAUCUUAUCCACAUUUAUUGAGUCAUAAUACAAUCAAUGAAAGUUUCCCAGAUUUUCUGAAUACAGCACAACAACAACAACAACAAACAUUUUCACUUCAUUCAUCAACUGUUUCAGGUGUGAAUAGGAAACCGUCGAAUAUUGACUUUAUUACAGAUGGUCAUUUACCACCAUGGCGUAAUUCUUUUAUGAAAAGAAAUCAAAAAACUCCUACUGCUAUUUCAGCAUUAACAUUGGUACCAAAUACACCGAGUUCAGAUCGUCGACAGAUUAUGAACUCAUUACCAUGGCUACGGACAAAUUCCACAUCUCAUAUUAGCAGCAAUAAUGGUGCUCCCUCUUCCUUUAAUCAUAAUGCUAAUCAUACUAAUAGUACUACUAAUACUAAUAAGAAUAAUAACCAUUCAAGAUUUGGAGCAUCUAGUGAAACAAUUCUAUUUUCGUCAUUGAAUCCACCGAAUGGUAUGCCACGUUCAUGGUGGUUACCAUGGCGUAGAAGUAUGCGAAAAAAACGUCGAUUAUAUACACAGUUACAAAGACGUCAGGAAAUUCAAUCAUUAUCUCAACGUGGUCUUUUAGAAUCAUCUGGUAGUUUCUUAGGGAAAUCCACUCCACAACUACCAAAUAAUCGUCAUUUAAUGACAUCAUCAAAUAAUAGUGGACUAUUGGUCAAUGAUCAUGUUUCAAGAUUUGGUACAACUGCUGAACCAUCAUUACCUGCGAUACCUAUAUCAUCAUCGCCAUCACCAACAUCAACGUUAUCAAACAAGGAAGAAUUGAUUCAUCAACAUCCAUACUCAAAUCAUAUUUUUUUAAGAUCGGGAAGAUCUGGCAGUGAAAGAACACGACAAAGUACAAAGACGUUGAUCACGACAACAGACAACGGUAGUAAUUCCGGGAUAGUUAGCGCUUUAUACGCAAAUGAUGAUCAAGCGAAUUCACCAAUUUAUACAAAGUAUCCUAUGAAUUUGCCAAAUAAUAAUAAUAAUAGUAAUGGAGACAAUACAUCACCGUCUAUUUAUCCCAAGACUAAUUCGAAUAUACAAUCUAUUUCAUGGAUCAAUGUGAAUGAUAAUGAUUUACCAUGGAAAUUUACACCACCAAGUAGAAAUAGUUUUAGUAAUGGUAUUCGACGAUUAUCAUCAUUUUUUCGUAGUUUUAAUCAAAGUAACGGAUCAUUUACACCACCAAGAUAUCAUAAUAACAAUAAUGGUAAUGGUUAUGGAUUAUCUUAUAAAAAAUCAUCUUUAAGGUCUUCAUCAUUCAAUACAUCACGUACAGAGAUGAUGCCAUCAAUGCCAGUAUUACCUACAUUUAACUAUUUGACUACAUCAAAUAAUAAUAAUAAUAGUGGUAAUAUUGUACCAUUGACCAGUCAUUAUCCGGUCAAUAAACAACAUUUUGAUUCAUUUCGAUUAAAUGGUCGUCAUGUUACUCAUCCGUUGAUGCAACCAGCUUUGCAAUCAAUGUCAGAAUCGAAGGAUUUACACAGAAAACAUAAUUAUAUCGAGAAUAUGUGGAGUACUCAAACAGUAAAACCAUCAUUAUUUCAUCAAGAUGCUUAUCAACAUCAAAAUCAUCAUACUAUGUAUAGCAGUGGAGAUGAACACACUACCAUCAAUGAUAUGUUAUCACGUCACACAACAAAAACUAGUUUACAAGGUAGUAGUCGAAUAGAUUCCUUACUAUCCACAGAAUUGAUUGAUUUAUGCAACAAUAACAAUGGGUGUACUAGUAGUAGUAAUAAUAAUAAUAAUAUUGUAAAGAAUGAUCCAUUGGCUAAAUUAAAUUCUACUUCAGUGACAGUAAAACAAACAGUACCGAAUUCAAUGUACAAUAGUUCAUUAAAUUAUAAUAAAUUUGAUUAUAUUGAAAAAGAUGAAUUAAAUCAUUUACCAUAUCUAACAACUGAUCCGUAUUUGGAACCUGUUUCAUUGAAACGGAGACAACAACAAGAAAAACAACCGGAAAAUUUGAUAAAUACACAGAAAGUCAAUCUCUUUGAUCAUUAUAAUGAUAUGGAUCUCGAUAGAGCAGUGAAUGAAAAUGGUGAUUUAAUCAAAUUGAAUAAAUGUGAUCAACAUCGUGCAGAUCAUAGUGGAACAAGUUCAGCAAUUAGUUCAUUAGUAUUCGCUGAUGAUUCUGAUCUUUCUAAAGUGUCAGAAAAUUCAAUAAAAAGUCGAAAAUCUGAUCAAUAUAGUUCAUUACACUUGAUCACAUCACAAACUGUAUCACCUAUUGAAACUAAUUCAAUGAAUAAUAAUCCUGCAAUAGAUGUUACAACGGUUAUUACCAAUAUUUGUACUACUAUUACUACUACUACUUCUACAACCAACAUUUCAAUUCCUACUGCUACAGCAUUUGUUUCUAACAGUGAUGACAUUGUUGCUAUACCUCGAGUGAAAAACCCAAAUAAUAUUGAUUAUGUAACUUAUGAUGAAACACGUUCGUAUGAUAAGAAAAAUAACCGAUUUACACUGAAUAAAAUUACUGGAAAACAACCAUAUUCAAUUGAUUCUGACCGUAAUCCGUUGAAUACAGAUAACAAACUUGUAGCUGGAACACUAACAGUUGCAUCAGCAUUGUUGUCAUCAGAUCACGAAGUCCAACGUAGAAUCAAUACAAUGAAAGGUGAUUCUGAUUCACGCCCAUUAUCUGAUGCAAUGAUUAGCAAUCAUUAUUAUGAUUUAAAUCGUAAUAUAAAUUAUCAAGAAAUAUCAAUGGAAUCAUCAUUACAAGAAGAGGAAAACAGGGAUUCUAAUCAUCAAUUAUUAUACAAAUCUCAUCCACCAUUACCACCAUUAUGGUCUAAUAAUAAUAAUAAUCAUAUGCAACAUUUUAAUAAAAGCCACAUUAUUACUGCCACUACUACUACUAAUAAUAAUAAUGAUAGUAGUAAGAGAAAUUUCGGUUCAAUCGAUUCAUUAUAUGAAACAGUGGAUUUGCCUAGAACUAAUUUACCGACCUCACUGUUAACAUCGACAACAAUGAUACAACAAAAACAACAACAUUUCAUGGAGUUCGGAAAUAUUGUCAAUAGCGAACAUUUACGUCAACAUCGACGUAGUUGUAUGGCAUUACCGCCAACACCAUCAUCUUUAUUCAAUGUAAAAGCACCAAUACGUUUAAUCGGUGAAAUGGAUGAUUGGAAUUUGCCUAGUUGUUCUGAUGAUUCGGAAUAA